AACCGUGGCGAGCAGCGUGAAGUCUGCCGAUUCCAACGAAGAAGAGCAGUCCUGUUCGGGCCUCAGCCGCCAUGAUCGGUGGAGUACCGUUUGUAACCGAUUAUCGAUUAUCGAUUAUUGAUUAUCGAUUAUCGAUUAUCAUGCGCGCACUCGGACAGUGGUGAACGGCGGGAAACCCAGGGCCCGGGCAAAAACGGUCCGGAAGUGACAUCACAAGGAAAAGAAAAAAAAAGGAGCUCGCCGCGUCGACGUCACGGCGACCAGCCAAUCACAGCGAGGCGAACGGGACCGGACGCGAAAACCGAAAAGGAACUAUGCGCGCGCCGUUUUUUCGAGACUGCUCGCACUUUGUUUGAGGAGCUCGCGACCGCCCCCCCCCCAACACCCCCCCCCCCCAAACAAACAUGGCAUCAAACAGCACGGAGGAGGCGCCCGUUGUGAACGAGGACGACGGGGAGUCCGGAGCGGAGAGCUUCUUCACGGACGAAGACAUGGCUCACCAAGAGGGAAUCGAUCCGGAGGAGGACCUGCUAAUGGGCCCUACAUAUGUACAGAGGGAGCCGGAGGCGGAGUCCGCCAUGUUUCUAACGGGAGCCCAGAAGGGACAAACCCAACACUGGCUAUAGAGAGAGCCCCUCGUGUUUUUUUAAGAGGACGCUGAGGAGCCGAGCCCCUCUGCUGCAGGAAAUGCCUCCAUAGAAGAAGAAGAAGAAGAAGAGCCGCCCAGAGAGCGAUCUCUUUCCCCACCACAUAAAAAGAGUUCCCAAGGCUCCAGGUUUGCACGAGAAGCACCAACACCUCAGCCAGAACCCCCGACCGCGGCCUGGAAAACCGAUACAGAUCCCGAUUCGUGUCCGGCGCCCAAAAGAUUCAUCCCGGCGAGACCGCCGGGUCACCAGCUGAACUCCAACACCACGUACACGCCGCUGGACCUGUUCAAGCUGUACUUCAGCAACGACACGGUUAAAACUCUUUGUCAAAACACCAACAAGCAAGCUGCGAAAAACAUCGAAAGGGGCAAAAAGUACUCGUGGACCGACCUCGACGCCCAGGAGUUCUUCAAGUACGUGGGCCUGACGUUCUUCUUCGUGCUGGUGAAGCUGGACAACGUCCAGGAUUACUGAAAAAAGAGUAGCAUCUUCAGCGUGCCGUUCCCGGCCAACGUCAUGCCGUGGGACCGGUACUGGGUGAUCUCUUGGAACGUCCACAUGAGCGACCCCGAGAGGGACACGCAGAACGACCGGAGGAAGGGGACGCCGGGCCACGACGGCCUGUUUCGACUGAAGCCCCUGCUGGACUCGGUGAAGGACGCGUGCAGAUCUUCCUACCACCCGAGGCAGAACCUCUCGGUAGACGAGAGGGCGGCGCCGCUGCAGCGCAUGAAGGGCAAGCCGACCAAGUGGGGCUUCAAGCUCUUCGCUUUGGCCGACGGCAGCAGCGGCUACACCUGGGAUUUCACCGUGUACACGGGGAAGUCGCCGCUCCCCCCGACGCCGUCAUGACCCUGGUGAAGACGGCCUGCCUGGGCAGCGGCUUUCAUUUAUACGUGGAUCAUCUCUACACCAGUCCGAGACUCUUCAAGGAUCUGUUCGGCCUGAACAUCGGGGAGUGUGGCACGUACGGGGCCAACAGAAGAGGGUGCCCGCGCACAGACUCGAACGCGCUGAGCAAAAAGGACCCCAGGAGCUCCAUCAGGUGGAUCCGCGACGGCCCGCUGGUUUUCGUGAAGUGGAUGGACGGCCGCGAGGUCGCCGUCUGCUCCACGAUCCACCCGGCGUACUCCGGGAGCUCCGUGCAGAGGAGGGUCAAGUCUCCGGGCGGCGAUGGGCCGCCAAGUACAUCCCGUUAUAUAUGAUUUAACUCUAUUUUAAAUCAUUUUGAGUUGAGCUUUUUAUUUAUUAAUUUUUCUGACUGCAUGUCAGUGACUGGACUCACCCGCUCAAGCUGGAUGCAGAACGUCUGAUCCCAGUUCAGCCUGCUGGCGGCGCACCAGCGCGUCCGGCCGACCACUCUGCUGUCCAGCCGGAGCACCGCGCUGAUCUCCGCUGAAGAAAUAACCAUAACUUCACCACAACCGUGAGGAACCGACCCAUCUGACCCUCCUGCUCUGCUUACAGAACGUGUUUCUAGGAAAAAGUCUGAUCAUAACUAUAAACUGUGUAAGUUAAAAGUAAUAAUGCACAAUAACACGGAGGAAGUUCAUUUCAAGCGUGAAAAAUAUAUUUUCUGGACUAGAAAACAGGUGAAAUAAAAUAUCUGAGUGUGUUCAAAGACGCAAAGCAGUGUGACAACAGUUCAUUUGAAUUAACUUAAAGAUGCAUUCAUUGUUGUUUGGGAACUUUGGAGCAGAAAAACACCACAACGUCACAACUCUAUCAUGUUAUCAUCUAACAACGUUGAGCUACGGCUAAACCUGAGUCUCUUUGUAGUUGUUUUGUGUCUCUUUGUAGUUGUUUUGUCUCUUUGUAGUUGCUUUAUUGUCAUUUUGUCUCUUUGUAGUUGUUUUGUGUA